AUGAACCUGAUCUCAACAAUUUUUGUUAUUACCAUUACCCUCUCUGCAAUUCUAGCCACCCUUUCUUUCUGAUUACCUCAAAUAAGCCCUGACACAGAAAAAUUAUCCCCAUACGAAUGCGGGUUCGACCCCUUAGGAACCGCCCGCCUCCCCUUCUCACUACGCUUCUUUCUAGUGGCCAUUCUAUUCCUUUUAUUUGAUUUAGAAAUUGCCCUCCUCCUCCCCCUACCUUGGGCAGACCAGCUCUCUUCCCCCACCCUAACAUUUCUUUGAGCCACCACUAUCUUAACCCUACUCACCCUUGGCUUAAUUUAUGAAUGAAUUCAAGGGGGUCUAGAGUGGGCUGAAU